AUGUCAUUGAAUCAUAUAGAAACAAAUAAUGAUGAUGAUGUUGCAAUUCUCGAUAUAACAUCAGAUGAUAAUAAUAAUAAUGAUGAUGAUGAAGAAAGUCCAUUAUUAAAUGAUAAUACUCAACAAAAUAAUUCCAUUGUAUUAACACCUAUUAGUGAUACUAUUCGUGUUCCAUCGAUAUCUCGUUAUCGUUUAACAAAUAUACUUCGUACUAUUCUUUUUAUUGAAUUUCUUACAUUACUUACAAUUUGGUUAGUAGGUUAUACAACACAUUCUCUUAUCGAUGAUAUAAUUCAUUAUCAAUUCACAACAUCUAUAUUUGAUAUUGUGUCUGUAUCAGUUUGUAAACUUAUUUUAUUAAUUAUUUUUCUAACAGAAUUAGAAACAUCGGUUAUUGCUCGUUUAUAUCAAGUAAAUUCACGUCAAUCAUUUAUUUUCAUUCGUUAUUUAUAUAUAAUUAUACUUCUACUUCUAUCAAGUUGUUCAUUAGCAUUUUCAAUUAUAAAAUUAAUAUUUGUUUUAUAUAAAUUAAAGUUAAAUAAACUUUAUUUAUCAUCAGUUUAUUUAUUUCUUAUAUUUUCAUCAAUAGAAUUUAUUGGUAGUUUAUUAAUGAUACCAUAUUUGACACGAAUAAAAUUACUUGAACAACAACGAUCAAAUUUAACAAAAAAAAAAGUUAAUUUAAAACGUUUAAUUUCAUUAGCAAAAUCAGAACGUUUAUUAAUAAGUAUAGCAAUUUUGUUUUUAUUAUUGUCAAGUGCAACACAAAUUAUUCAACCAUAUUUUUUUGGAAAAAUUAUUGAUAAUGCAUUAACAUCGGAUACAAUGCAUUUAGUUAAUAUAAAUGUUCUUAUUUUACUUGGUAUUAAUUGUGCAGGUGCAGUAGCAUCAUCCUUUCGUUCAUGGUUAUUUGAAUUAUCUGGACAGAGAAUUGUUUAUCGUCUUCGUCAAAAUAUAUUUAAUUCAAUUAUAAAACAAGAAGUUGGUUUUUUUGAUGAUACUCGUACCGGUGAAUUAACAAAUCGUUUAUCAAGUGAUACACAAGUAUUACAAAAUGCUGUUACUGUUAAUAUAUCAAUGCUUGUUCGUUUUCUUGUACAAAUUAUUGGUAGUCUUGCUGUUAUGUUUUAUUUGGAAGUAACAUUAACACUUGUUUUAAUGGUUGUUGUACCAAUGAUUAUCCUUAUUUCAAAACAAUAUGGUUCUAUUGUACAAAAAUUACGAAAAAAAUUUCAAGAUGAAUUAGCUGCAGCUGGAUCAACAGCUGAAGAAUCAAUAUCAAAUAUUCGAACUGUACGUAUAUUCGGUGCAGAACGUAAAAUUAGUGAUCAUUAUCUGGAUAAUUUAUUAAAAUCAUAUGCAGUUGGAAAAAAAUUAGCAUGGAAUACUGGUUUAUUUAUGGGUAUAGUUAGUUUAUUAGUAGCUGGAGUUCAUGAUAGAAAAUUAUCUACUGGCCUUCUUGCAUCAUUUUUAAUGUAUAUGUUACAAGUAGCACUUGCAUUUGCUUUUCUAGCAUCAUUAUUUACUGAUUUUAUGCAAGCCCUUGGUGCUAGUGAACGUAUAUUUGAUUUACUUGAUCGUCAACCAAAAAUUCCUUCAACAUCAGAUUCAACUUGUUGUAUUAAACCAAUUGAUUUUGAUGGAUAUGUUCAUCUUGAAAAUGUUUGUUUUACAUAUCCAACACGAUCUGAUCAACAAGUUCUUAAUAAUAUAACAUUUGAAAUAAAAUCAGGACAAAAAGUUGCAUUAGUUGGACCAUCUGGUGGUGGUAAAAGUACAAUUGCUUCACUUAUUGAACGAUUUUAUGAUCCACAAUCAGGAACAAUUUAUUUUGGUUCACAACCAUUAAAUACUAUUGAUCCACAAUGGUUACGUGAAAAUGUUUCAUUUGUUAAUCAAGAACCAUCAUUAUUUGCUUGUUCAAUACGUGAUAAUAUUACAUUUGGUUUUGAUAAAAAUAAUAUAUCACUUGAUGAUAUUCAAUUAGUUGCUAAACAAGCAAAUGCACAUGAUUUUAUUGAACAAUUUGAAAAUAAAUAUGAUACAUUAGUUGGUGAACGUGGUGUUCGUCUAUCCGGUGGACAACGACAACGAAUAGCAAUUGCACGAGCUUUAUUAAUGAGUCCAAAAUUAUUAUUACUCGAUGAAGCAACAAGUGCACUUGAUGCUGAAAGUGAACAUUUAGUACAAGAAGCUAUUGAACGAGCAAUGAUUAAUCGUACAGUUUUAGUUAUUGCACAUCGUUUAUCAACUGUACGUAAUGCUGAUUUAGUUAUUGUUAUUGAUCAUGGUACUAUUGUUGAACAAGGUACUCAUGAUGAUCUUAUUGCAAAAGAAGAUGGCAUUUAUAAAAAAUUGGUUCUUCGUCAACUUAUGGCGGGAAACAGUUCGAUAACUACUGAAUAA